ACUCGUAACAUUGACGAAUAAUCAGAAUGAAGUUAAUUUUUGUGUUAUUUCUAAUUUCUGUGGUAAAUGCAAAAAUCAUAAUCCAAAAAUGGGAAAUUCAAAGUGAUCCAAAGUUUGCUGAAUUAAAGUAUGAGGUUAAAGAUGGGAAAUCUAUGUCAAUUGAUGUGCAUUGCCUUAAUGAUGCUGACGACAUAAUGAUCAAAGCAGCAGCUUACUCCAAAGUUGAUGGCGUAUUCAAUCCUUUCGUUGCUCCUGAUCCCAUUCACAUAUGUAAGGUACAUGAACAUGAAGAUCCGCUUGUAAAAUUUAUGCAUGAAGAAAUUUUAAAAUUUGGAAAUGUUACAAAGGCUUGCUCUUUGAAAAAAGGAACAUAUUUAUACAUGCAUGAUUUCGUCGUUGACGAAACGAAGUUUCCUGUACCUUUACCAGAGGGAGAAUUCCGUGUUGAUGUCAAUGCAACUAUAAUUGAUGGCGGUGCUCAUACACAUGCAUAUUACAGCGAACUUUUCUUCAAAACUGUAAAAGAAUAAUUUUUGAAUUAAUAAAAUGGAUCUGGAUGUAGGAAAAAUAAAUAAAG